AUGUGUCAAGGUCAUUUACCUCCAUCAGUUCGAGGUGUUCUAGCAGUCAGUAAAGUGAGGGAUCUUGAAAAUUUAGCUGCCAUUGCCGACAAGGUUAUGGAAACUACACGACCCUUGCAAGUUGCCGAAGUUCAAGCCAUGUCAAGCUCCAGCACCAACGCCAGCACCAGCAGUAACACCGCUUACAUUAUUGCGGAAUUAGCGAAAUUAAGUCUAAAAAUUCGUAACAUCGAGAAACAAAGGAAUAGACGUGAAAAAUACACAGCGUCUCAGCCAACGUUAAAUCUCAAUGCCCUGGCAGAACUCGCCGACUGUGUCCAUGAUAUCGCGCCUCAAGGACAUCAAAUCGCAGCAGCAUCGACAUCUUCUAAAUCGUCUCAGAUAGAGGACCUCACUCGACAGGUAGCCCAACUGACAAAGCAGAUUAGUGCUCUCACCGCCCAGGUCCAACACACGUCCAGAAGACAGGAAUUCGACGCAAUGCUAGCGAACGGCACGGCACAUCCUUCUGACAGUCCUUGGUCGUCGCCUCUACAUCUUGCGUCGAAAACGGAUAACGGUUGGCGGCCGUGCGGUGACUAUAGGUUGCUUAACGCGAGAACCGUACCAGAUAAGUAUCCCAUACGUCACAUUCACGACUUUUCGCACAGCUUGGCUGGUUUCAAUGUUUCUGCUUGGGAUCAAAUAGCGGAACAUGUUAAGGAUCAGCGCGGGACGGGGGAGAUGAGCGCCCCACCGCGGUCGACAGACGAGCUAGCUUAUUAG